AUGAUUUAUAUCUAUGCAAGGCCAGUAACGAAGUACAAUCAAGAGUGCCUUCGAAAAUGGUUAACAAUUGACAACUGCGAGAGUAAUUCUCAGCUGGCAUUUGCAAUUCAGCUCCAAAUCAGUAGUUCCGAAUUUUCGGCUAGUAAGUUGAUUCUGGACUUGCCUGGUCAUGCUUCACUUAUCGACUCAAUUCCGAACGCUAUUGCUGCCAACGUUGACAGCGAUUACACGAACACAGCCAACAUACUCGACGAUAAGGACUUCAGAUAUGCUUUGCGCAUCCAGGAGGAGCAGAGCAACACA